CCCCCCCUUCCCUGUUUACUGAGGUAAUUACGUCACAUAACGUCACUGGGCCCUUCGCACAUGAAUAACUCCACUUCGUGUGCCUUCGUAUGACUUCGUGAGUGUGGAAAGACAGCUUCGCGCACAUUAGUCAACGCCUUCGCUUGUUCACUUUGCCGGAUACUCUUGUCUAAUGGUUUUCAGAGAAGCGUGCAAGAUAUGGAAGAAAUGAACCAGUUUCUAAAUCUGCAAGAAAGAUUCGAGGUUAGUCAAGAAGCAAACAUCAAAGUUCAUCAGUCACUUUGCGAACUAAUAAGUUCGUUAAUACACUAUUUCAAGUUGCCCCAUCAAGAAAGACUAGAAUCACGGGCUACAAGACUCCUUCAGGAACACAAAGAUAAAUGGAGAAGUUUAAACUGGGAUAAUCCAAUACAAGAAGAGUGCAAGACAGUCACGAAAAUUCUCAAAACACAAACAGAAUUACUGCAGGUUGGUGAUCAGGAACAACCGGUACCCUUUACAUGUAUCAUGAAUGAAUUCAAACAAUUUUGUGUGGUACUCUUUUUUCUGCAGCAAGAUUAUCAUCAAGGAAGAGACGCCUCAAGACAACUUCUUAUGGCCCUUUUACGUUCCCUAUGGAGAUAUUUCAUGUUUCAUUCUCAAGGGAGAAUUUGUUUGACAACAAACUUCACAAGCCUUAACAAUCACAGUGAAUGGAAGAAAUUUCACGAAGCAAUUCUACGGCUGUCUGCCAGUUUGCAACGAAAUAUUCCCGAAAGAGGUGCUGCAUUUAAGCAGGAUGUGAAGACGAUAUUGUAUCACCUAAAGAAGUGCAAAACACAGGACUCAGGAUCCACAAGGUAAUUCUCCCAGGCGGAUGAAUGAUUGUCUAGCGAAAAAGUUGGAAAUAUUGGCAACUUUUCUGCAAUACGAUGAGAAAGUUUUCAUUCUUAAUAUUAUAGCAGACAUGUUAACAAAAUUACGUUGUAGCAACUUUCUGCAAAUAAACAAAAUGUAAAACCUGUUGAAUUUAUGUUACUUGAAAAAUUGGUUGGUUUCAACGAUUUCGCUUAAAAUGUAUUGACGAACAUUUCCGUGUAUCAAAAUUUGGUCAAGUAACUAUCCAAGGAAACUGGAGACUGGCUAGCAAACUUUCGGGUUACUUCAGACUCUAGACGCAAAUGUACAUUUUUUUUCUGUCCUUCUAUUCAGAUAUAUUUUCUGUAAAACUAUAAAUGUAUGAGUGAAUAAAGUUGUUGUUGUUCUCAUGGCAACAAUGUUUUGACAGGCUAUUCUACUAAAAAGUUGGUUUAACCCUUUGAAUACCAAACUUUCGCCAAAAAAUACCGUUUUUAACCGUUUGGUCAGCUUUUUUAGCUGCCAUGA